UUUAAAGAUACGAAAAGACUACGCAUAAAGCAAUUGUGGUUACCGCCGAAAAGAGUAAGAACGGAGCGCGUUGGUUUUGAACAGUGUAAAGACAUUUACCGUUGAACAUGUCUAUUGGCGUACCGAUUAAAGUUUUGCAUGAAGCAGAAGGCCACGUGGUUACAUGUGAGUCUGCCACUGGUGAAGUUUACCGAGGAAAACUGAUCGAAGCCGAGGACAAUAUGAACAGUCAAAUGCAGGAUGUAACGGUAACGUAUCGCGACGGAAGAACGGCUCAACUGCAGAACAUAUACAUACGAGGGAGCCAAGUUCGGUUUAUGAUCUUACCGGACAUGCUCAAAAAUGCUCCUAUGUUACGUCACCAAAAGGGUGGAACAGCCGGGAGGGGAAAAGCGGCAAUUUUAAAGGCGCAAGUGCGCGGCAGAGGAAGAGGCGCUCCAAGAGGAGGCGAUCGUGGUGGCUUCCGUGGCGGCUAUGGUGAUCGUGGUGGCCGAUGGUAGAUUUUAAACACAGUCAGUUUGGAUUUUUACACAGACUUGUGGACCAACUUACUGUCCAAGAAAUGUUCUUGGAUCAUUUUUUAAACAAAAAAUGGGACGUAACAAAUGUGAUACUUUUAAAUCUAAAAACAUUGAUGAAACUGGUCAUAUAGUUGAUUUAUUACUUUACCAAUCAUAUUGGCAAUGUUAAACUAUUUUCCCAUUGUGUAAUAUGAUUCAUUUUAUUUUGGUAAAAUUGUGUUGACUAAAAUACGGUUAUUUUAAUAUUUCUCCAAAUACGUCUUUUUUAUAAUGGAGAUCAUUGCUGUAAUAACAUCAUCAGUAAUUUUCACAUUGCUGCUUUGUGCUUUACAUUCAUUUUUGUCAGCCAAAUGACAACUGGUUCAUUUUGUAUCACAUAG